AUGGAUAGCGACAAAGAGCGUCUCGUGAACGGUUCGCCGACGACGUCGCCGCAAACGCCGCCCAUUUUUGCGGAGAAGCUCACGAAUCUGACGAGUUUCGCGAGAGAAAUGCGAAAACGCCAAUUUCAGAUAGUCGAUUGUCAGAAGUCCAGUAAACCACAACAAUUGGACGAAUCUGAGUUCAGAACGCCGCGCUCCGAAGACAGUUUCGAUCUUGGAACGGCUCGCGAUGAGGCGACGUCUUCGCAACCUCCUCCCAGUGGAAUCCUUCCAGUGCCCACCGUUCAAAUUACGUCGCCGCAUGAUCGCUCGCGCGAGGUGGUUAUUCAAAUCGACGCGCUUGAAGGCAUCGAGAGUCUCGACACGAAAACGCAUGGCGAUGAGGAUCCGCAUUCGCUGAGCGCUUUGGGAAGCUCGAAUGCGGCGACAAGGAGUAGUAGUGUGAUCGAGGACGAUGUCAAAUCGCAACUCUCAUUUAUCAUGAAAGAGAGAUUGCAUUCAUUGGCAAGAGAGGUACAUCGGCGAACAUCGGAAGUUCGGGAUGAUUUGAUAAAAGAGACACCCGAGGACUCGGUAUCGCUUACUUCGAGCAUUCAACGACUCGAUGAGCAUCGACCAAGCUUGAUGUCUCUUAUUGGUUUACAGAAAAGAUCCGAGUCGCCAUCAAAUGCCGACAAUUACAAGAAGAUUUUCGGAUUCAAGCUUAAAGAUACCAUAAAUCCAUACGGUCGUCUAUAUAUUGCGUGGCUCUCGAUCGUUACGAUUUGUUUCAUUUACAACGCCUUCUGUAUUCCAUUAAGAAGCAGCUAUCCAUAUCAAACGCCAAACAAUGCGAAAUAUUGGUUCGCCGCUGAUUACUCGUGCGAUCUAAUAUACCUUCUUGAUAUGCUUUUCAUCAAACCAAAACUUCGUUUCACACGUGGCGGAAUUCAAGUGAGGAAUUCAAAAGAAACUGUCCGACAUUACCUAAUGACACGCACUUUUAAACUCGAUAUAUUGAGUAUUCUACCCACAGAUAUUUUCUAUUUCAUAGUUUCUAGUUCACCAAUCUUCCGAUUAAAUCGUCUUCUUAAAAUCAACUCAUUUUGGCUGCUGUUCGAUAUGCUCGACAACUCCGUUUCGAAUCCCUACGCAAUCCGAAUUGCUCGCACACUAUCCUACAUGAUCUACAUUAUCCACUGCAACAGUUGUGUGUAUUACACGUUGUCGGCAGCGCAGGCGUUUGGUCAAAUAGCGUACCACGAGAAUGGCAAAUGGUACCUGAAUAAAUGGGUGUAUAAUAAUCAAGGAAAUGCCUACAUUCGAUGCUUUUAUUUCACCGCCGCUGUCGCCACAUCAACUGGAAACAAUCCAGCGCCGACGAAUGUGAUCGAAUAUAUUUAUAUGACGUGCUCGUGGAUGAUGGGCGUGUUCGUGUUUGCGUUGCUUCUCGGUCAGAUUCGAGACAUCGUGUCGAACGCGAAUCGAAAUCGCGAGGAGUUCCAGCGAAAAAUGGACAUGGCGUUGAGCGAAUGCCACAAAUUGGGACUCACCAAAGAUCUGACGGAUCGCGUGCGAGACUGGUUCAUUUACACAUGGCAGCAGCAGAAAACAUUGGACGAGAAAAAACUUAUUGAAAAAUUGCCGCUGAAAUUGCAAACCGAUUUGGCUUUGUCGGUCCAUUACAACACGUUGAGCAAAGUCCAAUUAUUUCAAGAUUGCGAUCGCGCUCUUCUCCGAGACCUUGUCCUCAAACUCCGACCCGUUAUAUUCCUUCCAGGUGAUAUGAUUUGCAAAAAGGGAGAUGUUGGAAAAGAAAUGUAUAUUGUUAACCAUGGGGUCCUUCAAGUUGUUGGCGGCGAACGGAAUGAAACCGUUUUCGCCGAGCUUGGUCAAGGAGCCGUUUUCGGAGAAAUCAGUCUGCUGGCAAUUGGAGGCAACAAUCGCCGAACAGCUUCGAUCCGAUCCAAAGGAUAUUCGACGCUCUUCGUUCUCGCCAAAGAAGACCUCAACGAUGUCAUUCGAUAUUAUCCACAAGCUCAAGCUCUUCUCAAGAGAAAAGCAGCCCAAAUGCUGAAAAACGACAAGAAAUCCGAUACGGGCAAAGAGAAGGAGAAACAACAGGAAAUGGAGGAUCGAUGCAGGAUCAAUCCGAUGGGAACUCCGAAAAUGCUCAAGAUCGUUGCCGAUAUUCUUCCAAAAGACAACAAAACCACUCUGGAACUCAAGAAAGCCAUCGAAAUUUCCGAGUCAAGACGAUCCACAAUCCAUUACCCAUGGACAACACUCCAAAUUGGAGACGAAGAAGAUGACGACGAAUGGGCUGAUGAGGAUAUCAGCGAUGUAUUCGAAGAUUCUGAACCAUCCGAUUCGGAAGGACAUCAAGGAGAUUCUGAAGACGAUCCACUUGAAGACAUGGAAAUCGUUGAGGAGAAAGAAGUUCUACUCUCUGAUCCAGAAGGAGAGACUAAAAUCAAGGAGGAAUAG